UGUCCUCGCUUGUGUGCUAUGCUCUCCUUUUUAAUAGAUGCGGUAUGCAUAUCCCAAAUCAAUUUAUGAAAAUUAGAAAGCCCUUCUUGGUAAGGUUUGUAAAUUAAUUGUGGGCUAACAAAGGCUUGUGUUCUGGCCACCUCUAAAGUUGUUGGGAUGUCUUGCUUUUUUUUAUGAUUCAAUUGCCUUGCUUUUUCUCCGUCAUCUGGUUUCUAUCAUUAAUCUUGGUGCUAACUGUUACACGCAGUCAAUGAUUUAGAACUUCAGGCUUGCUGCAAAGCUAUCUCCUUGUUCCUUUUGAUACAUGUUCUUAUGCAUAGUUUUGUGGGUAAAGGCGCAACAGUUUAAAUGAAAACUAACAUGAAUUUGGUUCUGAUUGCAGACCCCAAAUAACUAUAGCCACAGCAAUAGUGUUCUGUCAUCGAUUUUUCAUUCGCCAGUCACAUGGGAGGAAUGAUAGACGGGUAAGUUGUGCUUUACUUAGCCAUCAUCCUCAUUACCAUGCUCUUAUGAGGUUUAUAGAUGGGCAGUGGUAUCAUCUAGAUUUUUAUCAAAUACUGCGUUUAUGAUAAAAACUAGUGAUGAGUUGUCACUUGGGGAUAUUUUUGAAGAAUAUGCAGUUAGUUGGUGAGCAGGGGCAUAUAUGACUAAUUCUAUUAUUUAGCAUAGUUGCUCCCUUGCUUUGUAUCCGGUUAUAGUGGUUGUGUAUCUAUCAUGAUCAGGUUCUGAGUGGCUAUGGGGCCGUUUGGAGGUAGGACGGUUUAAAUGAAUGGAUUACACAAACGUUUAUCAUAAUAGGUAGAGCUCAAAUGUUUUUUUUUUUUUUUGUUUGGCUGUGUGAUUGCUUAAAAGUGAGACCCUUCAUUAAUUUUAGAAGUGCAAUAGAGUUGUUUAUGAUAAUUGCUACUGGUAUGGGGUUAAGGGUAAUUGGAUUUGCAAGAAAAUGGUGGGAUAAAAAAACUGAGAGAUUUCACUCUCUUAUUCACUGGGAUUGCAUGUAAGUAUGCCAUUUUUAGUUGAUCUUAAAUUGAUCAUAAAGCAUUAUGAGGUAAUUUGAACAGACGUGUAUGUGGCUGACAGCAAGUGCAUUCAAGUAUAGUCUACACAUCAGUGUUUUCUGUAAACGGGUACAAUCCAAUGUUUGCAGCAUGGUGAAACAAUCAUUAUGUUCUCCUUCCCUUUUCAUCUUGUGGUUGUGUGCUUCUUUUUCUCUCUCUCGCUCAACUACCAGUGCCUAACAUACCACACAUGCAUGUUCAUUAGGUUGAUAGUGCAUCGGUAGUGUUAGAUAAACAACUGCAUCAUUCCUGACUCUCUUAAUGUGCUCUGCAGACUGUAGCAACUGUGUGCAUGUUCCUUGCUGGUAAAGUGGAGGAGACUCCUCGUCCACUGAAGGAUGUAAUUCUUGUCUCGUACGAGAUAAUAAAUAAAAAAGAUACUACUGCAGCACAGAAGAUCAAACAGAAGGUGUGCUACUAAUUUUCUUCCCUAACUUUCAAAGUUGUUUUUGCACACGUAUAAUCGAAGCUGCUAUUUCUUGCCCUCUCUGUCUCUCUCUCUCUCUCAAUUCCUAUUUCAUAUCACUUAUUUGAGUCCUUAUGACAGCUUUUUUUGGUUUUGUUCUCCCGUCCUCCCUUGGAAGUAGAAUUUACCAACCUGUCAGUUCUGCUUUCAGUAAUCUUUACUCCUGAAACCCCUUGUACUGUACUGUACUGUACUGUAGGAGACUGCCAUUUGAGUUUUAGUGCAUAUACCAUAGGUAACAGUUGAAUGACAUUGACCUAGUACUUGGAAGUGGGCUUCAGUUAUCUUGCUCCCAGAAUCUUAAACUUGCCUCUAAUUCAUCUAUCAUCCGAUUGCUGUUUUUCAUGUCAACAGUAGUACUCUUUGUAGGUAGUCACCUUUGUCAUCUGGAUUUUCCUUGAGAGCUUGAUUACACAUUUCUCUUUCAAAAACUUGAAAGGUCCUUAAAUGGCCCAUUUGAAUUGUGCAGGAAGUAUAUGAGCAACAAAAAGAACUUAUUUUACUUGCGGAGAAGGUUGUCCUUAGCACUUUGGGUUAUGACUUCAAUGUCCAUCACCCUUACAAACCUCUCGUCGAGGCAAUUAAGAAAUUCCAAGUUGCACAGAAUGCACUUGCUCAAGUGGCUUGGAAUUUUGUUAAUGAUGGGUAUGCACGAGAUUAUUUUGUCCUUUGUGAUUUGACUUUCAGUGCAAUGGUUACUCUUCUCAUUCUCCUCUUCACACACUCUGGCAAGCGACUUGCAGACUGAGGACUUCACUCUGCCUGCAAUUUAAGCCACAUCAUAUUGCAGCAGGUGCCAUUUUCCUUGCUGCCAAGUUCCUCAAAGUGAAGCUUCCAUCAGACGGUGAGAAGGUCUGGUGGCAGGAAUUUGAUGUCACCCCACGCCAAUUAGAGGGUUGGUGUUCCUCCUUGAUUUUAUUGUGAAGUUCCUAUGUGGACUUAAGUGAGACUGUCCCGGCAUAGGAUUAAGGCUGCAAUACUGCCGUGAUGCUAUCUUGUAGCCUUUUCUUUGUCGAGAAUCUGAUUCUAGAAUGCUUGCUAUGACCUGAGUGAGUGAUCUGCAAUAAUUGAAUGGAAUGUUUAACCCUGUAGUCGAUGCUUGUUCUUUAUUGCAUUGACUGUCUCAUUUUAAGUCAGUUUGCCAUUUUUACCACUUUGAUUCCCUAUUGUGGCUGAGUGUUCUAUUAUUUUUCCUCUUGCAGAGGUCAGCAAUCAGAUGCUUGAACUAUAUGAGCAAAACAGAGUGCCUAUGUCACAGGGGAGUGAAGUGGAAGCUGGAGGGGGCCAAGCUCAUUCUGGCCCAUCCAAAACCCCCACUUUGAACGAGGAGCAUGCUUCAAAGCAAGCAUCUCGUUCGGCGGCCGAAAACUCAUAUGCAGAAAACCACAGGGUGGCACCAAGAACAACGCAGAAUCAGAGUAACAAUGAUAAUGGCAGUGCAGAGGGGGAUAGCCUUAUUAAAGAUCACAAGGCAGACUUGGAAAACAAGGAUGUUUUUCAACAGCAUCCAGAUAAUAAUGCUAAUUUGUCCCUGAAGGAAAACACGAGAGAAGUUCCAAGCAAAUCCAGGUCUGGGGCAGAGCGAAUAAAUGGAAAAGAACAAGAAAGAACCGAGGAAAGGAGUGGCGAAGGUGCGGAGGCAGCAGGAGAGGGGAAAGAUGAUACGCCACGGAAGUCUAGUAGUGGUAUGGCGGGGCGAAACUUGGAUGCUGCUAGAGAAGGCUCAGUCGGUCAAUCCCCUAAAGAUGCCAUGAAGAUGAUUGAUAGGAACAAGGUAAAGGCUGCACUUGAGAAAAGGAAGAAAGCUCGUGGAGAAUUGACCAGGAAAAAAGAUGUAUUGGAUGAGGAUGAUCUUAUUGAGAAGGAACUGGAAGAUGGGAUAGAAUUGGCAGCUGAGGAUGAGAAAAGCAAGCGGGAGAGGCGGCAGAACUACUGGUCCAAGAUGGAAAGUGCUGCAAAGGAUCAUGGAGAAAUUGACGAUGGGGAGAACCAUGAGGAAGGAAGAUCUUCUAGAGGGUUGGACGUAGAGAAUGCUGCUGAGGAAGGGGAAAUGUUGGAAGAUGAUGCUUUGGUUGUGUUGAACAGCCGAAAAAGGAAAGCUGGGGGUAGCCCGGACAGACAGCAGUCAGAGGGGAAGAAGCGACACGAUUAUUUGCCCAGCAACAACAAUUAUAGCCAUGAUUCUGUGGAAGAAGGACACAAGGUGGGCAGGGGUGGUGGGUACGGGGAUCACAGGAGGCAUGCUCAAGAGAAUCAUUCGUGAAGGAUCAGGGAAAAUGAAUGAAGCUUGCUUGCUUUGAGACUUUGCUGCUGAACUCUUCUCUUCUGUCUGCUCUGCCUCCUCUCAUAUUGGCUUUUGGUUUGGGAUUUUUUCGUUGUCUAAAAUGGCAUAUAUUCUCCGGGAGGGCACUGACUAAUAUGAAUGCUGGUGAUGAUGAGUUUAUGGCUAGGGGAUGAUGAGUUUAUAACAAUGGCAGGUGUGAGUCCCUUCCCCACCCCAAACCCCAAGAGAGAGAAAGAAGAAAAAAAAUUGUAAGAGUAAAGAAAAAACUGAGGUUGAGAGACAGGAGUUUGUAAGGUGGCAUAUUUUAUUGGCCUAGUGUAUCGAAAACAAGAAAAAAGAAGAAAAAAAAAUGGAAAAAGAAGUAGAAGGAAAAAUUUAGUGAUGAGUUAUUGAGUUGAGUACUCUGUGAAACUUUCUUCAUUCUCCUGUCGUACUAUAGUUCUGUGAUUUUGGUUUCAGAAGAUGGGUAGUAAGAUUUAUGUAAAUUUGUGUUCCUUCUCCUGCUGCUGCUGUUCUGUUGCUUAAUGCUUUACUAUUCGGUUUAGUUUACGUAGAUAUUUGGUCCAUUGCUGCGGACAUGAGGCCUGACCCUACAGUUGGGCUGUGUUUGGAGCCUGUUAAAACUUAAAACUAGACUUUGGUGUCUCCGGGUGUGGGACAUAGAAGAAAUUUUUUUUUUUUAUUGGAAGGAGGCUGAAAGCCAGAGAAACAAAGUCUCCGAGGAUCAAAGGGAAAAGCCUGGGCGGCCAUCUACAAGCAGAGGACUUCGCCCAAACUAUAGGCAGACAACUAUACUAAUCCCCUAGGCCAACAAUGACUUGUCUAGGGAAGCUAACACCAAUGAUGUCUUCGUACGAAGGAGUCUCUCUAGAUCCAUUGGAAGUUCAUGUAGUUCAUACGUACCAAAGGGAUAGACGAGACUGUGCUUCGAGAGCCAGUCCGCGACUCUAUUCCCUUCCCGAUAUGUAUGCACCAAACGAACUAUCCAAUUCUGAGCUAAUUGUCUGCGGAUUAUAUUCAAAAGGGUAGCAUGAGGGUGUACCGGAUCCCGUCUAUUGUUAAUCAGGUCAAUGGCUAGCUUGGAGUCGGUUUCCACAAUCAAACAUUGGAUGUUCUUAUUCCAAGCUAGCUCCAGCCCUCUAUAGAUGCCCCACAAUUCUGCAAGAAUAGCGGGCCCAGUGCCAAUAUUACAGCAGAAGCUGCUGAUCCAAUCGCCAUUCUCGUCUCUGAUGCACCCACCUGCUCCCAUGAGGCUUGGAUUAUCUUGAGCUGAGCCAUCAGUGUUAAGCUUGAACCAUCCAGCUGGAGGUGGACGCCAACCUAUAAGUCUUUCUUCUCGAUCUGGUCUUGUCGAUUAAUUGAGUCUAGCAGCUGUUGUUUCCCACGUCUUUGUCCAGUCCUUCGCUUUUGAGAUUAUAUAAUUGAUCAAGGUCGGUCUUGACAAUCUUGCCCCUUUGAAGAUGAAGUCAUUUCGAUGUUUCCAUAUGUACCAACAAAUAAGGGAGAAGAAAUUGUUCCAGCCGCCUAUCUCUUCUGUUUUUUCAUCCUUUUCCAGAUUCUGCUUUAGCCAGGAAUCGUAAUCUGCAGCAAAAAAAUCAUGUUGUAAUUGUUGAGGAACUAUUUUCUCCCAAACCUGUUUAAUAGUCCUGCAAUCUCUCAAGCAAUGCAUAUUAGUUUCAGUCUCCAAGUCGAAGAGUGAGCAAUUGUCGUUGGAGGUGAGAUGUCUGUAUUUUCUGAUGUUGUUAGUCGACAACCUCCCCUUUGCAGCUGUCCAAAUGAAUAAACGCACUCUUUCUGGUACGUGUAGCUGCCAAAUCAUUCGCCAUGGAAUUAGAUUCGUGCCGGAUGUCUGGGGCGUUGCUAGAGUGUAGGCCGUGGUUGUGCUAAAUCUGCCAUUAGCGGUUGGUUUCCAGAAAAGUUGAUCUUCCUCAGUAGAGAAAGGAUCUAGCAGAAAAGCUCUCAGUUUGUCCAAAACAUCCUGUGGCAGAUAGCCAACCAGCUCUGCUAUCUUCCAACCUGCAUUGGAGUCUCAAUAGUCAGCAACCUUUUUGUUUUGAGCCUCCAGGGGAACAUCUGAUGUCGCCAAAUCCAUUAGCCGUUCCUGCAAAAGCCAGGGAUCCCACCAAAAGUUAGUAUGUUUCCCGUUCUUAACAUUUCUGGCAGCCCCCUUGCAUUUAAGUUGGGUAGUAUGAUUGAAACUACGCCAAGCAUGUGAACUUCCCUUAGUCUUCUUAAGGAUCUGGACACCAUCCCUGCCACUUCCAUAUCUGCUUCUGAGCGUUUUUGUCCAUAAGGAUUUAUCAUCAGUUGCUAGACUCCAAGCUCCCUUGGCCAACAUUGCUUGGUUGGCCAACCUAGUAGGCCGAAUCCCCAAUCCUCCAUGGGAGCGAGGAAGUACACCCUGGUUCCAAGCCACUGUGUGAAGUUAAUAGCAUAAAUUUCCCUUCCUCUAUGAAAAAGAAAAAAAGUUAAUAGCAUAAAUUUCCCCUCUACUAUUACAUUUCUCAAAUAUGUCUCUCCAUUAUUUUUCACAUCAUAUUUGCCCACCUACUAUAUCAUGUUAUCAAAUUUACAUUUAUAUUAUUUUUUUCGUCCAAACUUUGUUAAGCGUGGACAAACUAUCGACUGUCCUGCUGAAAUAACUAAAAUACCCUCAAUUAUAAAUGAAAAAAAUAAAGCAUAAUGGUAUUUUAAAAAUAUUCACUUUGUACAAAACGGUUACAAACCUUUAAUUUUGCAUGUUUCAGUAACAUAUGUUUGGACUAAUAACAAAAAGGUAAUUCCAUCUAUCUUCAUCCAAAAUUCGGUUUGUUCCAGUCAGCAUCCACAUCAUCAAAACAAUUAAUAAAACUAAAAUAAAAACCAAUUAAACCUCAACAACCCACCCGACCACCACCCCAAUCCAACUAGGGAUGGCAACAAAACCCGAUCCCACGGGUACCCACCCGACCCAACCCGGUCAACGCGGGUAAAAUCCGUGUUGACGGGUUUUGGGCGGGUUUGGGUUUAAACCCGUUCACUAUUCACCGGGUUGGGUUGGGUUUGGGUUUAGGUAAACCCGACCCAUGGGUACCCGCCCAUACCCAUAUAAUUAAUUUUCUAGGUAUAUUUAAUAUUCUAAACAACUAAUCUUAUUUAUGUUUGUGGAGAUAUGUCUACUUUUUUCUUUCUAAUUGUGUAGAAUGAAGUUGAUGUUAUCGA